AUGUGUUACAAAGUUGUCGAGCGCUACUCCGUCUGCAAGUGCAUCUACUUCCAACACUCCAUUGAUCCUUGCUCCGCCUAUGGCCAGCACGGCCACUCCGUCCAAGAAAAGACCGUGCUCGUCGGGUAUGCCUGCUCGAGACACUCCGCACGCGGGUCACCCGCCUCACCCAACGCCGGUCGUUGGCCUGAUUCCGGGUACUCCAGCUCCAAGGGGUCGUAUCGGUAA